ACAAGUGGUAGAAGCUGAAGUAAUAACCGAACCAGUAACAGUUGCCCCAGUAGUUGAAGACAUCAAUGUUGUAGAAGAAGAGACAGUUAAAGAGCCUGAAAUGAUCCCUGAUGUUCAGGCUGUGCCAGAGCCCGUGCCAGAGCCCGUGGUUGAGCCAGAACCUGUGCCUGAGCCCAUCCCUGAGCCAGAGCCCAUCCCAGUCGUUGUUGAGGAGCCCAUCCUUGACCUCAUCGCCGAAUCUGUGGUGAAGGAGGUCCCCGUCAGAGAGCCCACCCCUGAGCCAGCAAGGGAACCCAACCCCAAGCCAGCGAGGGAACCCACCCCUGAGCCCAUCUUCAUGACAGAGCCAGAGGACCUUGAGAGCAACGCUGAGGAGGUGCACUUUACCCCAGGAAUGAAGAUUAGCAAGUUGGAGAAGAUGAUGACCAAGGAGGAGAUGGAGGAGGAGCAGAGGAUAGAGCUCACACCUGACUUUACCUCUCUAUAAGCAACAUCGACAAGCAAACUGUGAGUUAGGAAGGAUUAUGGUGCAGCUGAGUAGGCGAUGAAGAAACGGAAUGACUCAACACCCACACCUUUCUAUUCUUUACUUUGUUUUGUGAAAAGUGAUCACUGAAGAAGAACCUUUGAAACCUCUGCUGAGAAGAGCGAUCUCUUCUGUUGAUUGUCCGGCAACUUUGCUGUUGAUAUGGAAAAUAUAUGUUGCUUUUUGUCCUCUCCCCUUUUCUUUCCUUCUUUCUUACUUUGAAGGAUGUGAAUUAAAGGCUAUUGCUCAACUCUGCCUGUGAAUAGCAUGCUGCAUUACACCAAACACACAAGUGCCUAUGUGAAUCUUUAGUCCCCGCCCCCUUCGCUUUCUAUCUGCUCUCUUACUGGUGGCGUCUAUCCUUUUGAUUAGAGCAGGAAUGAUUCAUUCUGGAUUCUGAGACUCUGAUAGUCGCAAAGGAACAUUUGAAGAUAAUACAUCCAUGCUUAUUACAGAGUAUGAUGUGUGGGUGUGCAAAAAAGUUCCCGAAAAAAGUAAGGUCGGGAACCACUGGUUUAGAAGAAAUGGAUGACCAUUGCAAUACCAAUACAGUAAGGAAGUGUUUAAAUAGCUAUUAUGGGUGAAGGGGUAGGGAAGGGUUGUGUUGUUUUUCAUUGUUUUAAAAUAUGAAACUGUGAUUUAAAGACAUGACAAGUGAUUUGCAUGCAAAGGCCCCCUCUACCCAAGUCUUUGUCUGUGUGGCCACUGUCCAUUGUGAGCCAGUCCCAGACACUUUAAGUAAUGUAACAAAUGCCAAUCAGUAACAUCCAAAUAGCCUACUGAUGGCAUUCUGAAUGCUGAGAAAACCAUAUAUCUCACUUCUGUCCUGACUCUGACGAUCACUGGGGCUUUUGUCACUUUAUAAGUAUGUAACCAAUGCACACUGACAAUGAAUGGGCUUCCUUUCAUAUGGGACUGGAGCUCGGUAGAUAGAAUGGCUAAAGUGGAAUAUGUGUAUGACAACCCGUAGUGAUUUUUGUAGAGAGAUUGAAAUGUUUUGUUUAAACAUUAUGUUUUUGGGCUUUUGUAAACUCUUGACUAUUAAAAGCCAGUUUGUCUAAAACCAA